UUGGAGGGUGGACCAUCAUGGCGGCCGUCAUGAGGCUUGUCAACAGAAGCACUUUAUUAAGUUCAGCAAUGGGUCAACAAUAUUUGGCUUUUAGCACCGCAGCAAAGGCUGGCGUAAGAGCAGGUCAAGCUCUUCCUGAAAAGGUGAAAAUAGUGGAAGUGGGACCCCGAGAUGGUCUACAGAAUGAAAAGACCAUUGUGCCAACAGAGACAAAAAUACACUUGAUUGACAUGUUGUCAGCGUCAGGGCUGCCAGUCAUUGAGGCUACCAGCUUUGUGUCUCCAAAAUGGGUUCCACAGAUGGCUGACCAGGUGGAGGUGAUGAAGGGGAUCUGUAAGAAACCUGGAGUGUCUUACCCAGUCCUUACUCCAAACCUCAAAGGCUUCCAGUCUGCUGUGAAGGCUGGUGCUUCAGAGGUUGCCAUAUUUGGUGCUGCAUCUGAACUGUUCAGUAAGAAGAACAUAAACUGCUCAGUGGAUGAGAGUUUACAGCGCUUUGAAGAGGUUAUGAAAGCAGCUAAAGAGGCUGGUGUGCCAGUUAGAGGUUAUGUCUCAUGUGUUUUGGGAUGUCCAUAUGAAGGCAAGGUUGCACCUGAAAAAGUUGCACAUGUAGCGAAGCGUCUGUACUCCAUGGGCUGCUAUGAAAUCUCCCUAGGUGACACUAUUGGAGUGGGGACUCCAGGUAGCAUGACUGAAAUGCUGGAAGCGGUGAGCAGAGAGGUGCCUCUUAAUGCCUUGGCAGUACACUGCCAUGAUACCUACGGCCAGGCUUUGGCUAACAUCCUUGUAGCGUUACAGAUGGGAAUCAGUGUGGUAGACUCUUCAGUAGCUGGGCUGGGGGGCUGUCCCUAUGCCCAGGGGGCUUCUGGGAAUGUUGCCACUGAAGAUGUAGUCUACAUGCUGCAUGGACUUGGAAUUCAAACAGGGGUCGACCUCCCAAAGCUGAUGGAUGCUGGAGCUUUCAUCUGUCGCACCCUCAACAGAAAGACCAACUCCAAAGUGGCACAAGCCACUUGUAAACUGUAAACAAAAGCCGAACCACAAAGACUAAACAUCCAUGCAACAUGAAGCGGUCAUCUCUUACAGCGUUUCUCAUUUUAAUUCAUCCUUUACAGGUAUAAAAGUACUACUGUAUUAUUUGACUGGUACAGACUCUUGUCUUUGUUAAGAAUAAGCUAUUGACCAGUUAUUCACUACACUGAAGCAUAGCUGGAACAGUGCCUUAUCAGUCUAAUCCUUAAGAUCCUACCUGUCACAAGCCAUGCCUUCACCUAUCUUUUUAAUAGCGUGCUUACAUUACUUCCUGGGCAUUGAGGGCGAGCCAAAUGGAAGCACAGACCUUGUUUAUAGUAAUAAGUUCACCAAUAAAAAUGUCCUAGGGAAAGAUAAACUUAGUGUUGAUGCUUUACAGAGACAAGUGUUGUUUUGAUUUCUAUCAUCCUUAAUAUGCAGUGAUCACUGUCUUCAAAUGAGUUAUUUUUAUGGGCAAAAGGAGCAUGUAUGGAAAAUCUUAGUCUGUAUGAACUUGGGCAUUGUAGUGGUGUGUCAAAAAUACGGUUUUGUAGUAUUUUACUCAUUUGGAUAUGUACAGAGAUAGUAUUACUUUAUUUUUUGUUUGUUUUUAUUUAAUAUACAUGUUUAUGAUUGUAGGGUUUAAAAUAAUACACUUUUGUAAAUAAAAUGUGUUUAUGAACCAUGUUAUUCUGUGUUGGGUUACAUCUGAUUGAUGCUUUGCUUUAUAAACAAGACAAAUAUCAAACAGAAGAAAGGAAAUGCUUGUGUUCAUGCAUGCCAGGCUAAGAGAGCAGAUGGUAGAACACAGUCUCACAUUUGUGGGAAAUUAAAUCCUUCGCAGGGGCGGAAAGUAACAAAUUACAUUCACUCAGAUUACUGUUAUUGAGUUGUUUUUUUGUGUUCUUGUACUUUUUGGAGUAUAUUUUAAAAUCUGUGCUUUCACUUCUACUUAAGUUUCAACCAGAGUAACUGUAGUUUUACUUGGGUUAAAUACUCUUUUGUUGACUACACAGUAGAACAAAACAAGAGAAUGAUUCCACAUCACAUCCCAAAACAGCUGAUUGCUAUUGAAAAAACAGUGUUGAUAUUCAGGGUUAAACCAUUCUGAGUUGAUUUUAACUACAUUCUGAAUAAAAUGGUCUUAGUAUUAGAGUUUUUUACACUGUUUAUCUACUAAGUUCUGUCAAUCUCUGUGAAAAGUCAAUUGAUCUAAGCUUUGCUCUCUGUGAUUUUAAGUGGGGGAUUUGUGGGCAGAGUUUUAAUGUGUUUAGUUGUGUUUGAAUGUUGUCUGUUGAUCCUUGCUGGGUUCUUUUGGUCAUGUUUUUGAUGAACUGUUGUUAUUGAUAUGAGACACAUUUGCACCAUGAGUGAAGUUAUAAGGUGCACCAGAAGCAGUGGUUCUCAACUGGUUUGGAAUCACGGCCCACCACAACCUCCUCAAAGACAACUUGUGACCCAAAUUUCUCAAACUUUUUAAUCAUCAUUACUAUUUUAAGGAAAAAUUGGGUAAUUUGGACAUGAAAUUGAUUUUAAAAAAAUACAACAAAAAAUAGGAAGACAUUUCCUUCAAAAUAAAAGCACAUCACAGACUUUUUUCCACAUAUCCAGGAACACAUCUACAAAUGGCUUCCUGACCAACCAGUUGAGAGCCACGGUCCCAGAGAACACAUAGAGCUUAUUCAUCAUCAGUACACAUUUUCUUGCUAUGAGGUUGACUUUGCUUUGUUCUUGCCAAAGAAGACCCACCUUGAAUCAGAUUUUCAAGAGUUAUUUCAGCUCUGACAUGUAAAAUAUUCAACACUCUCAAAAGUUAAUUUGUGUUAAUUUAACUGUUUAACAGCUUAAUUAAAACUGUAAAUUCUGCUGUGUAUUUUACUUUACUACAGAGGUGGGACAUCACCUGAACAUCCUGGUUGGAGCUCUAUUCUCUUGUUAUUAUUGCCAUUAAGGAAAGAUCUAAUUUUGCUGUACAACUUCUCAGUAGCUACUCAGU